AUGAAUACUUUUUCUUUUUUAAUUCUUCUUUCUCUAUGCACUUAUAUGGCAUUCGCAAGCUUUGCUUGUGGUAAUGACCAACUUCAACAAGGCUUUGCUGAAUCUAUUGUAAAGAACGAUUGCAAAGGAAGACUCGGAAAUGUUAAUGCUUGCUGUUCGAGACAUACUCGCUGCUACGAGAAAGGAGUAGAACAGAAGACUUGCGAUGAUAAUUUCUGUAAAUGCGCUGAAAAGGCAGCUAAGAAGCUUCCAGGAUGUUCUCUGCACAUGACUAACUUCUGCGUAACUGCCCGUACCUUCGGAGGAUUAAACUACCUUUCAGCUAAAGCUAAGAGAGAUCAGAAAAAACCAAAAGUUCUCUAA